AUUUUUUAAAUAAGUGAAAGGAUUUUUGCAAACAUUUUUAUUAUGGAGUUUAAUGACACAGAAUAUAUAAAUUCAUUGUUUAUAUUCAAAGACCGGGCUACAAAACUAUUAAAUAAAAUAGUUACCGACACUCCCGAUAAAAAAUAUGACACAAUUGUGGACAUUGGGUGCGGAACGGGAGUUGUGACACAAAUGUUGGCCCACAGGCUAAUGGUUGACCACAUUUACGGCAUAGACAUAGAUAGCGGGGUCAUUGAGUUUGCGAAGCACACUCACAAUGAGAGUAAUAUCCAGUAUAUUAAUCAAGAUAUUAGUGCGGAGUGGUAUGAAUUGGCCCCGGGAUUACGGGCACUGGAGGGUAGGGUGUCGUUGGUCUUCUCGAGCGCUUGCUUUCAAUGGAUCGACAAUAAGCGAAAUGCGAUGAAAAAUAUUUAUCGUUUACUUAAAAAUGGGGGCAAAAUAUGCGCCGAUAUUAUGCAAAUUCCCGAUCUAUUUGAAGGUUUCCCGGAUAUGUACGAGAAGUUUACCGGAAAUAUACAGAAUAUUCCGACAAAAGUGCAACAAAUGAACGUUUGGAGCGAUUUGUUUCAAGAGUUUAAUUUGAAAAUCAUUUCACAAGAAUUUAUUCUCGAAAAUCAUACGAUUCCUGAAAAGGCAUUUAUAGAUCAUUUCAUGCCAAUGUUGAUAUGCUUAUGGGCUAAGUAUUGGAUUGAUUACAGCAAAGUUAGGGAUGAGGUGCAACACCUAAUAUAUGAACGGUCGUAA